GCUUAUAAACACCGACACUCUGGACACUCCACUAGACUGUGUUUACAUCGAGCCUCGACCUAUACCCACAGACUUUAGGUCACAUUCAGGGUGGUUGUGACUGUGAGAGAGACUGCCAACAGAUUGCUGCUGCUCAACAGUACUUGGCUGCAACUGGACGGCGUGAAUAGUUUUUUUAAAAGGUUUUUUUUCAGUAGUUUUGUGGUGUUUCGGAUUUUUUUCUUCAAGAGCAACAGCAGGGCAAACAUGUACAGCAAUGGCUACCCUCGCACCACCUUUGCCCUGCAGCCCAAGAAGAGCAUCCACAAGUCCAAGGGCAAAAGCUGUGGCUACUACCUGCGGAUAGUCUUCUUCUUCUCCUCGCUCAUCCAGACACUCAUCAUCGUCAGCCUGGUGCUCUUCCUCGUCUACGGCCAGCCAGAGAAGUCGGCCGAGGAGAAACACGUGGACGAGCUGAGCGAGAAUUUCAAGAGGGUCUCCCUGAGCAACUUGGAGCUGAGGAAGGACAAGGCCGACCUGGGGGCAACUCUGACCAACACCAACAAGGAGAAAGUGGCGCUGCUGAAAGAUGUGGACAAGCUGAAGACUGACCUGAACGCCUCCAAAAACACCUCAGAGACCGAGAAACUGAAGCUGAGUCGGUGCAUCAUGGACAAGAGGAGAAUAGAGAUGACACGAUCUACUCCAAUUAAUUGUCCAACACCAGCUGUAAGGGACCCAUUAAGUGGUGUCGCUGAAAAACACCAUAGCCGCCUGAUAGAACUGGUGGAAAGGAAUUACACACUCAAAGUCCAGGAACUGCAGAGGGACUUGGACAGCGCCAAGACAGCUCGGGACCAGUACCAAAUAGGUGGCAGCGAGGCCAGGCGAGAGAACGAGGAGCUCAAGGAGCGGCUGAAGCAAUACACCCAGACGUGCAAGGAGGACUUCUCCAAGCCCCUGGAGGGCAUCCAGGAGGUGACGGCCGCCUUCCUGGCCAAAAUCAACAACGUCUUCCCCCACUCGCUCACCUUCCAUCUGACCUGCGAGAAGCAACAGGAACAGCUGAAUGGCAUCCGCACCAACUGCACCAACCUGUCGCGCCAGGUGGAGGACAAGUUCCAGAGCUACCUGAACCGGGUGGGCGACCAGGUGGCCGUGCUGCAGGGCUCCCGGAGCGAGCUGCAGGUGGAGAACCAGCGGCUGGUCGGCGUACUUCAGACCACCAAGAAUGAGCUGGCUGACCUUAAGGAGAAGACCAGCCGGCAGAACACUGACGCUGCCAACAAGUACGACAGGGACAUCCAAGAGCAGCUGAAGGAGAAGACCCGGCUGAGGAUGGAAACUGAAAUAAUGAAGAUCCACCUGGAGAAGUGCGAAUUACUGAGGUCUGUCAUGCCUCCCAAGCUGCCCCCUGCCCCACCAAAGCCUUUUAUGCCAGUUGGAUCACCGAUGAUACCACCUGCCCAGGGGUAAGAUGAGUGCUUGAAGAAUGAAGUACCGACAAGCCACAACAGCAGCAUGAAUAGUAUCAUCUUGACCAUUUUUUUUCAAAAGGAAGAAAUGGCAAAAAAGCAUUCACCUAAAUCACUUGUUUUAUGAUGAACGCUUCGUCAUGUGAAGUGCUUUUGUUUUUCUGUUACUUUUCAUACGCACUUAAUUGUAAAAUAAUUUAUUUGCUUUUCACUGCAAUCCAGAUAAUGCCCAAGCUGAAAUGCUGCCUGGAGUAUGCAAAUAACCACAUUGUGUAUAAAAGUUUUAUUCUGAGUGUCAUAUUUGAUACAAUGACAUUAAUGUAUAUUGUAAAAUAAAGAAAAAACUAAAAUAAAACAAUAGCAAAUGCAGCUGUGAACUUUAGUUACGUAAGCUAUGUACAGUAAUGUGGACAGAUUUUGGUAAACAUCAUUAUGUUCAUAAAUUUUACGACAGGAAAUGAAAUCCAAAUCAAAGGUGUACAAAUGUUUUUACAAUGUUAUGUUUUAUAUAUCAUUUUCACAUUUGCAACUGUAUAUGUACGGUUUCUUUUUUAUGUUGAUUCAAAUAAAUGUAACAA